AUGAAAAAGUGGGAAGAAUAAUAAAAAAAUAAAAUAUAUUAAUAAAAAAUAAAAAAUGCGAAACCUGCACUUUUAAGUAUAAAUAAAUCAGGAAAAUUAAAUAAAUCUUUAAAUGAUUCAAAACACAUUUCUUAGUUAAGAAGCCCUAAUAAUAUUUAUUAUUAAGAAAAAUAAAUAUCAAUAAAUGAUUAUUAUUAUAAUGAAAAAUAAAAUAUUUUAUAAAUUCCAUUAUAUAAAUUACUAAAAAUGUUUAAUUUAUAAUAAUACGCAAAGGAAUUAAUAACUAGAGGAUUUGGAUAUGAUUUAACUAAAUUUAGAAAUUUAACAUAAAAUUAAAUAGAAACGCUAUUCACAGAUAUAAAAGUACUUCCAGGUCAUAAUACAAAACUGAAUAAUCUUUUAAUAUAUAUAAAUGAAAUAACACCAAUAGUAGAAUAAAAUGACUUUUAACACUUUAAAUCAGGUACAAAUAACACAAAUAAAUAGAGAUAAGAUGAAAGAAAAAAAAGUAUUACGAAAAUAAAUUCAUAAAAAAAUAUGCUUAUUAAAACUUAAACUAAGUUAAUAAAAAAGAAAUCUUCAUAAUAAUUUUCCUAAAAUUUAAUAUGUAAAAAUACAUAAAUAAAUAAAUAAAAUAAACUUUAACAUAUUGGAUUUGAUUAUUUUGUUGAUGAAAAUAAUGAUAGCUAUAAUGAAUUUAAAUAAACUCUUGAAAAUUUAUUAAAUAAAUAUACAAUUAACAAUGAUGAACAGGCUAAUAAUGCUAAUAAUAAAACAUUAAAAAAGAAAGAUUAAACAAAUGUUAAAGAUAUUAAUUAAAGAAGAGUAUAUGAUGAUUUAUAUUUAAUAUCGUAAUAUGAUGAAAAUAAUAAUUUAGUUCUAAAAAAUAAAGAAAAUAGAUUGAUAAAAAAUUUAUAAAAAUAAUAAAGUACUAUUUAAGUAAUUUUUUUUUUUUUAAAAAAAAAAUAAUCUUAAAAAAAGUAAAAUAAUUAAAAUGAAUCAAACCCACAAUUAGAAUACGAAUAAAUAAAACAUAUGUACGUUUCAUAUGAAGGAGGUAAACUAACAUCAACAUUAAUAAAUUUAGAUAUAGAAGAAUUAUGUUAUUGUUUAAGUUGUAUAAUAUUAAAAUAUAUUUAAUAAGGUGAAACUAUGAAAAAAUAAUAAGAAUCAUAUAUAGAAUAAUAAUCUUAAUUUUACAACUAACAUUAAUAUAAAAAAGAGAUUUCCUUAAAUAAAACAGUAAAUAUGAUAGAAGAGCCAACACUUAUAUAAGUAAAAAAAAAAAAAAAAAAGUAUUUAAAAAUAAAAAAAUUAUUUACAAAAAUUGAAAGGAAUAAAUUCAAUAAAUAAUAGAAACAGAAGAAUAUUUUAAAGAAGAUUAAAAUUAGAGUCUUAAUUAAAAUCAGGAUUUAAUAAAAAAUGGAGAAUAUGGUUGGAAAGCAUGCAAAGACAAUACAUAUUUAGAAUUAAAAUUACAAUAAGAAGAUGAUUUAAACUAAGUGUCUAGUAGAAAAUAUUUCGAAUAAAGUCGAAAAAAAAUCGAAUUAAUACUCAAGGAGUCAUUUUUGA